CCCAUUUACCCCAUCGAUGCGCACAUAUCGAUCUCCCCCGUCCCGGACACAGGCGAGCGAGCCUUGAGGGCACAGGGCACACGUGAUGGGCGUCUAUUGACGCAGGCCUGCUUGCUUGCCUUGCCUCAUCUCAUCUGAAGCUUGUCUUCGCCCGCCACCUACCGCUCGCUGCGGCGGACAGCGAUCGCACUUGGCGCCACUGAUUACGCAUACGACUAGCCCCAGCGAUCACGACUAGCACCGGCUCUUACGACACGGACGGCGCGCAGGACAGGACCCUCACGUCGUCGCGCACAACACGCAGCAGCCCAUACCCCUCGACUAGCGACUAGUAGCCAUGGCGUCUCCCUUCGUUCCCCCGCUGGACAGCACCCCGGGUUCCUCGCCCCAGCACACGCCCCUACCCCCCGUCGUUCCGGGUCCGCCAGGCGGUCCACCACCAGGCGCAGCACCACCCUGGGCACAGACACCGCAUACGCCUGCCGCCUAUCCCGCCGCCGCCCCACCCAUGUAUCCUCCAGGCUAUCCUCCCUACGGGUAUGGCGCGCCACCCCCAGCUACACCGUACGUGGGCGGGUACGGCCAGCCACCACCAGGGCCUCCACCUCCUGCACGCGGCGGAUGGGGCGCGGGCUGGCCGCCUCCCGAGCCCCCGCGAUCGCACGGUUGGUCUGCCGAUCCUGGUCCCCAUCGACCGCCAGGCGUCAGCGAAGACUACGUCGGAUACCCACCUCAAUCGUUCACCUCGCCAUGGGCGGCACAGCCCCCUUUGCCCGGCGGAUGGGGCGCACCUCCACCGCCGGCUGCUCCGCCACCGCAUGCGGGAGGGUAUGGGUAUCGCGCGCAGCCGAUGGGCUCUGCGUACACGCCCUAUGGUGGAUCGUGGGGCGCGACACCGGCUGCGCCGUAUGGUGCGUUCCCGCAUGAUCCAUAUGGAGGUCCGCCACCUGGGACGCCUUGGGCUGGCGGGCCCGCCCCAGUGAUGCCCCCGCCACCGAUACCUCCUGCACCGGGCCCUCCAGCAGCCCCACGAGGGCACACUGGAGACCGAGUAGACAAGUUCGCGCCAGGGCCCCAUUAUGGCCCCGUGCUCAACCCCCUCCUCCUCAAAGUGACCAACGCCACCCUCGAGCUCCACCCCCUCCUCCAGCCACCCCCCGACGACCCCGCUGACCGCCCCCACCUCCGCUGGAACAUGACCUUCCCCACCUCCCACUGCCAAAAAUCGAUCGACCGCCCUAACGAGUCCUGGAUGCGCGGCCGCAACGACCCCGCGACCUUCCCCCGCCUCUCCGAGCUGCGCCUCAUCCCGGACAAGACCGCGUGGACGAUCACCGUGCGCGCGGCGGACCCCGCGCUCGGCGUGACGUGCGGGGAGGUGAUCGAGGCGAUCAAGGAGGACAUGUACAAGUUCACGGGCCGGUCGGACUACGAGGCGCUCUCGCGCGCGGAGCGGCACGCGGUGGCGCGCGCGUACGCGGGGAACCGCGCGCCCGCGCCGGGCGUGGUCGGCGGCGCGCUGGGGGAGGGCAUGCGCCGGUUCGACUUCCUGGGCGCGAACCGGAUGUUCGGCGGCCUGGAGAUCGAGGCGAACACGCAAAGGACGGCGGGCCUGCCGGCGGUGUUCAUCCUCAAGUGCGCGCAGCCGCUGCGCGCGGAGAUGGAGGCGCACGAGGCGGUGUCGCGGAGGAUUGAGGAGGAGGCGCGGGAGAGGGAGGAGCGCGAGGAGCGGCUGGCGAGGAUCCGCGAGAGCCGCGCGUCGGAGGCGGGCAGUCGCGCGGGGUCGCAUGCGGGUGCGUCGCGUGCGGGCAGCAGGGCUGGAGAACCGCGCACGACGAGCAGGUCUACGCUGUCUGCGACUGGAAGCCGCGCUGGUAGCAGGGCACACUCGCGGACGAGCAGUCGACAUCUCGCUAGCGUGACGAGCACAUCGGACGAGGAUUCGUCGUCGGAUUGAAUGGUUCUGUUAUAUUCGUCGUGUUCUUUCUGCUACCUCUCGUAACUCUGUGCUUCUACUCACGACUAUGUAGCGCUAGCCAUAGAUUCCCUCCAUCCUAAUGAACAUUACUGCCUGUAGAAAGUCGAACACGGA